CUUGCAAAGGCCACGCUACCCAACCUACGUCGACUCUUUAUCGAGGCAAGGACGGAUGAUGAAGAAAGAGAAGUGUCUAGGAAAGCAUUCUACAACGCAGUCCUCUUCAUGAGUUCUGUGACUAUUUUCAGCUUGAUUGCUCAGAAAAUGAACGCCGUCAAAUGA